AUGGCGUCACGUUUCGAGGUAGUUGACGAAGAAUAUAUCGAAGAAUUAAAUGAAAACACGAAGAAAAGCACGGAGUACUGGAAGAACGUUUUCAAAAUGUGGGCGAAUGAAAGAAACUUCCAAGCAAAUUUAGAAGAGUACGAGAGCGAUGUCCUCGACCAAACACUGUCGCAGUUAUAUGCCGAGUCACAAAAAGGAAACGGUGAUAACUACGAGCCCGUCUGCCUGAAAGUAAUGCAGACAUUACUGGAGAGAUAUCUAAAAUCAAAAUCCCAUCCAAAGUCCAUCAUCCGAGAUAGGAAGUUUCUUAACUCCAGAAAAGUCCUGGGAGGGAAGUCCAGGAAACUGCGACCAAACCGAUCCAGAAGUUUGACAAAAGAAGAGGAAGAAGUCCUCUGGCAGAACGGCCAGCUUGGAGGAGGCACUCAACGAGCUCUACUGAACACCAUGUGGUGGCUGCUCACUCAGCACUUUGGCUUACAAGAGCGACAAGAACACCACCAAAUGAAAGUUGACGGUUUCACUUUACAACGCGACGACGACGGAAACGAAUUUCUAACAUUUGCCGAAGGUCCAACUAAGACGAGACAGGGAGGACUUAGCGUGAAAACCAGACUAGUCACCCCCAAAAUGUUUGCCACAGGGAAUGAGGAAAGGUGCCCAGUCAUGUUGUUUAAACGAUAUCUGGAGAAGCGACAAAGCGAAAUGAAGGAAAGCGGCCCGUUUUACCUCACUGUCAUCGACAAGCCAGUUUCAAGCGUUUGGUACAAGAAAUCCCCAAUGGGAAAGAACACCAUGAAAAACAUGAAAGAGAAUUCACCGCUGAAGGAUCUGUGUUCCGAGAAGAAUUUGACCAGCAAUAGGGCACGAAAAACCGUGGUCAAGAAGCUGAAAAGUUCUGGUAUCCCGAGGUGUGAAAUAAAGAAUAUCACAGGCCACGCACCUGCCCAAGGGCUUGACGAUUGCGACUCAGGAGACGAACGAGAGCAGCAGAUCAUUACACGAGCCAUUGACAACACUAGCGCUGGCGCUAAAUAA